ACCUUACUCCAUCCGCCAAACACACACUGACCUCCUCGCUCCCCUUGGUUCACGUUUCCCAUUCCCUCUUUCGUGCGAGCGUGUGUUCUUGCCUUGGCUUGGCUUCUUGCUUGCCAUGAUCACCAUGGAUGAUCCGAUGAGCUGCAGCCGUGGUAGCGUUCCAGUCGACGAGGAGGGUCGACAGACGACGAUGGGUGACGGCCAGGAAGUUGCCGACCAGCUGGCCGUGUCCAGGCUCCGGACCGUGGUGUCCACGCUCCACCGCCGCACCGGCCACGCGCGCUUCCGCCGCGGCCCCGUCGUGGUUCAGCAUCAGACGGAUCAGCCGUCCGGGAGCGCGCCCGCCGGGGCGCUAGAGAUGGCGCGGUCGUGCGAGGGGUUCAGCGCGUCUGCCUCAACCAGCUCGUCUCUCCCGUCGACAACGCUGACGAGUGUUACCGCCGGCGAAGGGAGCGUGUCCAACGGCCGCGCCCAGCUCCCUUCUGCCAGUGGCCACGCUGCGGGACGGCCGCCGAUGCAGUCUGCGUCCGAGUACCAUCCCGGCCGGCUCGAAAGCAGUUGCCACGACCGCGCGCGCUCCGAGAACGACGCAGCCGGUGGCAAACCGCACGGCGGCCGCUGCCACUGCUCCAAGAAACGCAGGAAAUCGCGCGUGAGGCGGACCAUCCGCGUGCCGGCGAUCAGCUCCCGGAACGCCGACAUCCCGCCGGACGACUACUCGUGGCGCAAGUACGGCCAGAAGCCCAUCAAGGGCUCGCCUUACCCCCGGGGUUACUACAAGUGCAGCACGGUGCGCGGGUGCCCGGCGCGGAAGCACGUGGAGCGCGACCCCGGCGAGCCGGCCAUGCUCAUCGUCACCUACGACGGGGACCACCGCCACGACGACCCCGACUGGAGUGCCAGCGCCACCGCUGGUGCGCAGACGGAGCACACGUUGACUAGCUGAAGUUCAAAGUCUCCCCUUCACUUGCCCAUCAGAAAUUUCUUGGAGUCCUCUGUGUAGUUUCGAUUUGCUUUGUCUGAUGUUCAGUUCAGACUUGUAGAGGAAUUCAGGGGAACGAAAGAUCACAGUGUUUGAAAUAUUGACCAUGCAUGUAACCAGUCAAGGCUUGGGUAGUUGAGUGUUGUGUGCUACGCGUUAAUUGGCGUUAGUGGUCAAAAGGCUGAUGUGGGCCAGGGUUCCAAAAUUUGUUGAAAAUCACUUGGUAUUCGUCAUAUUCAGCUAA